GUUUGUUCUUUCAAUUCUUUGCUUGUCCGAUGCGUAGGGAAAUGCUGCUACACACUGAGUCCAGACAUUGAAUGUUGGCUCUAACAGGCGUUGCUUGGACCUUUCUUUCCUCCUGAUUCACUGAUAUCCACCUCCGGCAUCAUUCUCUGCACUUCUCAAACGCUGACACCACAUUGCACAGACUGCAGGGCGACGUGAUAAAGCCAGGCAGCCACCUGAUUCUGGAGACCCCGUCUGCACAACGUCACAUCUAUAAAUAUAUGCCUCGGCAACCUUGGGAAAGACCAAUCAGCACCUUCCUACCUAAGUGCCUACUAGGGCAACUACACAUAGCUUUACCUUCCACCCAGAUCCGGUUCCCAUAUGACUUCCCUUUACUCAAAAUCCCCCUUAGCUGCGAUUGUCCUAACAUUGCCAUACCUCGGAUUUCACACUGCUGCUUACAUCUCCGUCCCCAAAUCCAGCUCCAUUUGCCUUCUCCACGAUGUUCUUACGCAAGUGGUCCUCUCUGCCCGAAGACGCUGAAUUCAAGAGUAACUUGAAGGAUCUCGGGUAUUUCGUCAACAAAGAUGACGAGGUGCGCUCCAUCGAAAACGAAGACGACUACUUCAAGUUCUUCCUCAGCCGCAACCCGCGGAUAAACGAUCGUCAGCGCUUUGCCAUGAACCAAGCCAUCCAAGAUGUGAUUCUCGAGCGUCUAGAUGGCCUCGGUCUCAAAACUCUAACCCUUCCCCUCGAGGCAGACCCAUCAUCCACCCCUCAUGUCCCGAUCCUAGUAACCCCCGACCUGUUGGACAAAUCGCGUGUGGUGGUCAUAUUCGGCGAGACGCACCAAGACCUCGGCGCCCUCGCGCACCGCGUACUUGGUGGUCCGGGUGGCAUCAAUAAGGGCUCCCUAAUCUCGGCCGUCAAGGUCCUUCUGCAGAAACGAUCCUCGCCCACCGACCCCUCGCCGCCGGGUAUUAUCCUCGCCAACAUGGGCGAGUUGAUCUGGUGGCCUGAGGGCCGUCGCACUCUCAGCAGGUUCGCAUUCGAUGGGACCCCGAUGCGUAGCGCCGCCCAUCUUGGCAACUAUGUCGACCCUAAGACGAAUACCGUCCGUGAUAAUGAGGAUCCUUUGGCUCACGUCAAGUAUAUCUUCGAGAAGGUCUUGCCCGCUCAUGUGAAUCCUGACGCUGGACUCGAUGUCAUUGGACUUGGCGACGGUGCUGAUAUUGUUGAAUCCUAUUGGAACUGUGAUGAGACAUGGAAGCUCGUGGGCAACCGAAUCAACUGCUUUGCGUCUGUCGGCGGUCAAUUCCCGGAUUGGGAGAUCAAAUGUGAUGGUCUACGAGAGUUUCUAAAAGAUCGUGCUCGUGCUUAUGUCCCCUCUUCAGAGCCUCUGGGUCUACUCCUGUCCGGCCCACUCGGAAACCCAGAGACCACGACCUUCACAUCGUUGGGCUGUCCCGUCUUUAGCGCCGGUGUGCCCUGUCACGUCGAGACACUAUUCAUCGCUUCACAAUCUCUUGUACUGGAUUGGCUCCAGGAAGUCGCAGAUACCCCUCCCGAGGAGAAACCCUACCUGAACCCCACCUUCACAGUCGUUUAUUCUGAACCUUCUGAAACGAAUAGCACUUGGGCUGGUGAAGACAGGGUAGAGUCUACCGAAAAGCCUGCCAUCGAAGCCUCACCUAUGGAGACCGCUGAAGAGAAACAGAAAGGCCAUUUAUCUGAGGCAGCGAAAAUCGUCGAAGGGCGGGCGAAGUGGACUAGGGAGGGAGUCAACGAGUACUGGUCAAAGGCCCUCGAGGAAUCCUAUGGAAAAGAUUCUCAUCAGUACCAACAAUAUCUGGACUUUAUUGAAAAGCAACAAGGAAAAGAGCUGAAGGGCGUGAGGCCCAUAGGAGAGGAUACACAGGAGAACAGCAGUGCAGACACCGCUGUGGUUGAAGGGGAGGCAGACUCUACGAGCAAUGUGACAGUAACCGGCAAGCGAGAUGAGCAUGAGAGCGCUCAGAAGAAGGAAACAGAGCAGGGCAAGGAGCCUCAGAAGCUCGUGAUUCGCCCCAAGCCAGUCGAGAGUGAGGACAAGAGUCAUGAGGACAAUAAGCAAUGAUGGAAUCGCGAGGUUCUUCAGAUACUCCGUCGCCGUUAUCAGGCCUUUUGUUAUGAUGAUAGGGUUGGUGCAUUUAACUCGAUACCUUGCCGCGAUGAAUGAUUUGGUGAAAUACGCAUAUGAUAAUUGGCAUGAGUUAUGUAAAGCUUAGGCUUAAGAGCUACAGAUAGCUUGAUAUUAAAAUGACACUGAGUUCACGAUGUGCAAAAU